UGUGCCGAAGACAAGAUGGGGUCUAGAGGACGAAAGGAGGUAAAUAUCCACAUAACCGGAUUUAAAAAGUUCCGAGGAGUUGCCGAAAAUCCGACGGAAACUAUAGUUAAUAACCUGAUGAGUUUCGUUCAGAGUAAAAGGUUGUUGCCUCCCGGUGUUACGUUAGGGAGUUGCACCGUUCUUGAGACUGCAGGCGAUGGUGCUCUUCCGGAGCUUUACAAUGUCCUGGAAUCAGGCACCUCAGGGAAUGGCAACAAAAAGAAAAAUGUGAUAUGGCUUCACUUGGGAGUCGACAGCGGAGCACGGAAAUUCGCCCUUGAACAGCAGGCUGUAAACGAAGCUACUUUCGUUUGUCCCGAUGAGCUAGGAUGGCAACCUAUGCAACAACCCAUUGUUGCCGACGACGGAGGAAUUUCGCGGAAACGAGAGACGACUUGUUCCAUUGAAGCGAUUCUCAAGUUCUUACAGAAAAAGGGGUAUGAUGCGACGAUAUCCAACGACGCUGGCCUUUUCGUAUGCAACUAUGUCUACUAUCACUCUCUCCGCUUUGCCGAACAGAAGGGUCACAAAUCUCUAUUCGUUCACGUUCCCCUCUUCUCGAGAAUCAACGAAGAGUCACAGAUGCAAUUUAUAGCUACAGUUUUGGCGGCCAUUGCAUCAACCUGCUAGUAUCAAGCGAUAUACGUUAAUUCUGCGAUAUAACGGCA